CACCCGCCGCCACGCCAGCCCAGCCGAUCCCACGCCCCAGUAUAAAAUCAAACGUCUCCUCCAAGUCGCACCACCAACCAGGGGCAAGGCCAAACACCUCCGCUUCGCCGCAGAUCUGCUCUGCUUCCGCCGCCGCCCGCCUCAGAAGUCAGAACCCACCAUGGCGCCGGCAUUGCCCCGCACCGCCCUCAUCCUCCUCCUCCCGCUCCUCCUCGCCUCCGCCGCGCGCUCCCAGAACGAGCCCGCCGCCUCCCCUCUCCCCGCCGACGGAGUCGCCGACACCAAAUCCGCCGCGUUCUCGCCAAUCUCCCAGCCCCCUACCGCUGCUGCGGCAGACGGCCCCUCCGCUACCGACUCCGCCGCCAACUCAUCACCUCCGGCUCCGCCAGAGACCUCCCCCGUCGCGGCCCCCUCCGACUCGCCCGCGGAGGCGCCGUCCUCCCUGCUGCCGCCCACGCACACGCAUUCCGCUGCUCCAGCGCCCGCGCCCGCCGCCGACAACAACAACAACAACAAAGCCUCCUCCCCCGCGCCCGCCCCGGCGGCCCAGGAGAUUAAGGCCUCGAGCGCCGCCGCCUCCCAGCAGGCCGCUGGCGCUGAUGAGGGCGAGGUUCACGAGGAGAUGAACGGCGGCAAGAAGGCCGGCGUGGUGGUGGGCGCCUUCACGGCGGCCGCGGUCGUCGGGCUGGGAUGCUUCGUCUGGAGGAAGCGCCGGGCCAACAUCCGCCGCGCCAGGUACGCCGACUACGCCGCGCGCCUCGAGCUCGUCUGACGGAUGAUUCAUGGAUCAUCUAUCUUCCGCUUCACCACAUGUGGAUGUGGAUGGGAUCGCAUCAUACAUGCAUACAUACUAGGAGAGUACAAUCGUCAUAUAUACGAUAUAUGAGAGAUACAACACUAGUGCUGAUUGAUUGAUGAACUGAAGACGCACGCAUCCGUUGUUGGGGCGAUGUGUCCGCCUUCUUUCUUCAUCCAUCGGUCGGUCUGAUAGAUUGUUUCUUGUUCCAUUCUACUACUACAUUGGGGUGUGUUUGUGUAACCUUGAUUCAUUCUUUGGUGGUGAUGACAUAAAUAAUCGGAUACACAUUAUUCGUAUCAUAUAUAUAUGGAUGGAGAUGAGGAGGAUACACAAGUACAUUUUUGUACACACACAUCAUCAUCUCUUGUUCGUUAA